UUGCAGAGCCCUCCAAUCCCUGCUAGGCUUAUCCCCCGGAAGUGGUUAGAAACUGGCUUCAGCGUGUCUGCAGACCCUGGUGAGACAGGGACGCUGCAGGCGGCGGGAUGUCCUGGUCUGGUCUUCUCCGUGGCCUCAACACGUCCCUAAGUUAUGGCCUAUCCCUGGUCCCCCCGCUCUGGGCCACCCGCCCCAUGGCCACCCUGAACCAGAUGCACCGCAAGGGGCUUCCAAAGCGGCCGCCUCCAAUUCUGGGUCCUACAGAAGGCCGGCCACAGCUAAAGGGUGUGGUCCUGCGCACGUUCAUCCGCAAACCCAAGAAGCCUAACUCAGCCAACCGAAAGUGCUGCCGUGUGCGGCUCAGCACAGGUCGUGAGGCUGUCUGCUUUAUCCCCGGAGAAGGCCACAACCUGCAGGAGCACCAUAUUGUGCUUGUGCAGGGUGGCCGCACUCAGGACCUGCCUGGGGUCAAGCUCAAGGUUGUGCGUGGCAAGUACGACUGUGGCCAUGUGCAGAAGAAGUGACCUCUAGGGGCAUGGUGUGCUGGGGUUCACGUGGAACAAGAACCUUCCUCUCUGGGUUCCUGCAAUAUCCUUGGGAAGCUAGGCCAGCUCUAGAAGUCGCUGGUCCUGGUUCAGAGCCUGGUUCUGCCUCUUCCAUUAGGACCACAGAUAGCCCAUAGGAGUCCUGAGUGUGAAUUAGCAAAAGGCUCCCCCUCUGCCAACACCCUUGGCAUGCAUGUAUAGAGUGUUGGUGCAAGGGACCUCUUCUGCUGGGACAAUCCACUGUACCGCCAUCUAAUGGGAAGGGGUUGUAAUAAACAUACAGACCCCGUGGUUGUGAUGUGUA